CCCCCUCCUCCCGGCUUGUGUAUGUGUGUCAGGCUCCUCCUAUCACUCUAGCUGCGGCCUCCUGUAUUUUCUCCCGGCUGAGGCCUGUGUGACAUGUAUCCCUCUGACUGACUCCGGAGCCGCGCUCUUCGGGAUUUCUGCCUCUUGUCUGGCAUGGAGUAAACGGAAAGAUGGCGGGAGGCGGGCAGAGCCACUUUCUGGAUGCUUUGGGCAGAUCAGAGUCCAAGAAAGGCUCAGGUUUUAAAAAUUGGAAUGUUGAAAGCACGGACGAAAGUGAUGGUGAUGUUGAAAAAGAUGAUGUAAACUUGCUUAGCCUUGAAGAAAAUGAUGGACCCAUCUCUGAGCUUAGAGAACACAAGCCCAGACAAUUUAGACCUGGAACAGGGAGAACUACUGGGGACAUAAUUAGGACUUAUGAGAGAAAAGUCAAACACCUACACUUGAGGCCUGUGAGAGGCAAUGCGACUGGACUGAACAUGUUGGGAGGAAGCAAGAAAUUGGGGGACGGUGUCCAAAGCAUUGCACCAGCAUCUGGAACAUUUGUUCAGGGAAGACUAUUCCAUCACACUAAUAUCACUCGAACAGUCGUCAAAACUGCUGCACAAAGCAGUCUGGAAAGAAGAGAGAGGAAAGAAUAUCCACCUCAUGUCCAGAAAGUAGAAGUUGAUGUUAAUUGUGUGCCUCAAAAGCCGGGCAUUCAGGAUGCAAGGUUGCGUGAUGAUGGAGAGUUAGAUCCUCAACUUAGAAGAAGGGUUCAGGAACGGCGUAACAACUUAAAUGAAUACAAUUUGCCAGUGACCCCUGUUCAGCUGCGUGUAACACAGACAGAGAGCAUGGAGCAAAAUGAACCUUUUCAAUGUUGCGCAUCUUGUGGUAAAGACAAUAGGAUUAAGACAAAAUGCCAAAGUUGUGGAUGUACACAAAAACUUUACAGACAAAACGCCUCCAUGUCUGAAUCACCUGCUUUCCUAGCUCGGCCUUCAAUUCAUCAAAACGAAACUGUAGAAACUCCUGUCAACAAAAUAAGUGCUAAGAACUUUUAUGGCUCUCCUUAUACUAAGGUUCCUAUGGAUUCCAUUUCAAAAAAAGAAACGUUAAGGUGGAAAACAAAUACACCAAAUGGAAGAAUUGGACUUUCUGCUGAAAGCAAGGUUACAAAAAUUGCAAGAAUUAGGAGCACUAGAUCAGAACCAAAUGACACAAUAAUCCUAUCCAGUGAUGAUGAAGACAAUGCUAGCACUGGAAGUACAAGUAGAAUAGAAAGCAUCUCUCCACGACCUGCUGAUUCCGCUUGUUCUUCUCCCGUUCCAUCGUCUGGAAAAGUUGAAGCAGCACUGCGAGAAAAUAGUUUUAUAGAUAUCAAGUUUAGUAACCCAGCAGAGGCUGACAUCACAAUUCCCAGGAAAGCAAGAAUGAAGGAUCAGUUUGGCAAUUCUGUAACGAAUACGCCCGUUAAGCGCCGAAAGGUUGCCCAGUCAGAUGGUCCGAGUGAGCCUUUACCAGUGGGUUUUGCAACCUGUGAAAGUAUCAUUGUGCAUUGUCGAAAUAUACGUGUGGGAACCCUGUAUAGAGCAAUAGUAGAGCCUGUUGUGUUUUGUUUAGACAUCAUAAAGGUACAGCUGGAAGCAGCACCUGAAGAUUCAGAAGAUGGUCAUCUGGAGUUAUUAUUGAGUACAUCAGAGCUAAUUAAGUGUGAAUGGUGCAGUGCACGAAAACUUUCAGUGGUGUUUUUCCAGAGUAAAGCCUCCCAUUGCCAGAAACUUCGGUCACAGUUUAAGAUGAGCAGACAGAAUGUUUUAGGAUGGUAUGAUUCCAAUUCUUCAAAUGUGGAAGAACAAUGUAUUGUCUUAAUCCUUGAACAGACCCUAAGCAUUGUAGAAAAUGCUAUUUUCGAAAAAUUAUUACAUGAAAUUGGAGUAAAAAAUUCAAUCCCCAAAUUUUUCUCAAAAAUUGGGUUUGAUGAAGCUAACCGAAGACUCGUAGCCUUUACAAAACACUUGGAAGAAACUCCUUCUUGCAAUUCAACACCAACGGACUACGCAGCAAGAAAUGUGAACUCAGAAACGCGAAUGAAGCUGCGCAAUUCUACGGCACAGUUGAAGUUUUUUGAUGAUGAAGAUGAAGCUGGCGACACACACAGCGUCUUUGUUGGUCCCAUUGAAAAACUGAUUGUAUAUCCUCCUCCUCCUGCAAAAGGUGGAAUCUCUGUUACAAACGAGGAUCUCCAUUGCCUAAAUGAAGGAGAAUUUUUAAAUGAUGUAAUUAUUGAUUUCUACCUAAAGUAUUUAGUUCUUGAGAAAUUAAGAGAACAUGCAGACAGGAUCCAUAUUUUUAGUUCUUUUUUCUAUAAACGCCUCAAUCAGAGAGAAAGGAGGAACUUGCAGGAUACCGCUAACUUGACGCUGCAGCAAAGGAGGCAUGGAAGAGUUAAAACCUGGACUCGGCAUGUGGACCUCUUUCAGAAAGACUUCAUUUUUGUUCCACUGAAUGAAGCUGCCCACUGGUUUUUAGCUGUCAUAUGUUUUCCUGGUCUAGAAGAACCUGUGUGUUAUCCAAACCCUUUCUACCAAGCUGGGACUUUGCAACAUGCAUCGCAGGCAGAUGACAGCAGAACCUCUGCCAUCCCAGGCGAUUCACAGGCUUGCCUGCAAGGUGGUUCUUCCAAGUCAACGGCAAAGAAAUUAUCCAACAAGAAACAAAACCUUGCUUCAAUUGACACAAGCUCUGGGACUGUUGAAAGUGACUCAUCUGGGACAAGACAAGGUCAUUAUGUUGGAAGGCACGCCCUUAGAAGGAAUGAUCAAGAACAAAUGGAGACAACUGCAACUCUUAAAUCUCUCUUUCCACAAACAGACUCAACUCCUAAAAUUGUAAAUGGAACAACACAUGAAUGUAAAACACCAUUAAAGCAUAUUGAUGGUUUGCACAGAAUACAAAUAAGCUAUACUGAUUCACCAGAUGACUUGAAAAAGAAUGAAGAGGAGUUCAUAGAUUUUUCAGAUGACCAAGAUAAUCUGGAUGAAAGCAGUGAUGAUGGUGGGCUUGCUGAUGACAAUUUCACUUCAGAAGCAGGAAAAUGGCAUCUGAAGCCUACAUUCUGCAAGCAACCAUGCAUUCUACUUAUGGAUUCACUGAGAGGUCCUUCUCGAUCUACAGUAGUAAAAACAUUACGAGAAUACCUAGAAGUAGAAUGGGAAGUUAAGAAAGGAACUAAAAGAAGUUUUUCCAAAGAGGUUACGAAAGGUUCCAAUCCCAGAGUGCCUCAGCAAAACAAUUUCAGUGACUGUGGUGUAUAUGUACUCCAGUAUGUGGAAAGCUUUUUCGAGAACCCCAUUCAAAGUUUUGAUCUGCCAAUGAAUUUGACCGACUGGUUUCCUGAACAAAGAAUGAAGACAAAGCGCGAAGAAAUCCGGAAUCUUAUUCUUACUCUGCAGGAGCUUCAAAGUAAAGAAAAGAAAGGACAGAGGGACCUUAGCACAACACAGCCCACUCCACCAGAGGGAACAGCAGAUCAUCAAUGAUUUUGCUUUGAGCAUUUCAUCUGUGGCAUGCUACUCUGCCUUUAGAAAAACUUCCUUUGAGGUUUGUAACCCUGGAAUGGAACAUUCACUCUCUUCAUAAAGUUGAGUGCCGUGUCACUGUCAUUCAGAAUACAGGUCCCCCAACAAUUGUAUGAACAGUUACACAUCUGUACAUAAGACAAUGAGACCAUUUUUCUUUUCAGUAUUUAUAAAAUGAUUUUCUCUUUGCAUUCUUUAGACGUGUUUAUGUAUUCUUAACAGUGACUAAAACAAAUCUGAAGUACACUUCCAAAUAAAACAGAAUAUUUAUAGGCUCACAUUUCAAUGUGUAUUCAGUUUGGCGACCCACUGUGUGCAUUUCUGUCUCAUAAGAGCAAUAAUACACAUAAUAUACACAUAAUCCGUCCAGUUUGGAAUUCUGCGUUUAUCCAACUUUCACAUUAUUUAUAGAAAAUAUUUCAGUUAGGUUUCGUUUUUGCAGAAUAAACAUAAGAGCAGUGUUAAAUGUGUUACUUAUGGUAAUCAAAACACUUGCUCAAGUUUAGGUGCUUAAAAGCUGUGCAGACAUGCUAAAGGAGGUGUAGACAUUUCAGCUGCAUUUUAUGCCAUUGUUAGUACAUUUUGUCCCUGAUUUAAUAUUUAUUUGUAUUUCAUGUCUGACUAUUCUGUAUGCAUUCUCAUAUUUUUAGGCAUAUACUUAUUCUGUGUUGUAGAGAAGGGCAGUGCUUUUUGUGAACCAUUGAUUGUGAAAAUCUAGGUGAUGCCUUCUGUAAGAAUUGUUAGUGUGACUGGCUUUGAGUGAGUUGCUAAAGAGGAACAUAACUGAAGAUCACAGAGACCAUAGCAAAAAUUUAUGGCGCUUCCUCAUCAAACAGAAAAAAAGAAGUCACGAGUAACACCCUAGUUACUACAGUGAAUGUGGCCCAGGGCCCGAGCUACAGAAUCAUUAUUUUUAACCAUAAAAAAAAAAAA